AUGUAUGGUGUUGGUGGAUCGGGGACUGUUGGUUUGGUAGAGGUUUACGCAAUGAGGAAGAUUUAUAAGGAAAAGAUGAAGACGAAGCUCGCAGCAACAGAAGUAGAGGAAGAAAAGAACAAUGUUGAAGAGAAUAUUAAAACCUCGGAAAUGAAGAAACCGAAGAAGAACAAGACCCUCCAUACUAAUCCGAGGGUUUCCUCUGCAGAUAUUUAA